GACGCCGAACUAAUCUCCCAAAUGCUAAUAACAAAUCACAACCCAUUCCACUUCAUGGAAUCAUCUCUCCAACUCAACGGCAUCUCCCUCACUCCCAACCUCAUCCACCAAACCCUCCUCCGUCUCCGUCACAAUUCCAAAAUCUCCCUCUCCUUCUUCCAAUAUUUACGCUCCUUACCCUCCCCUUCAACCCCAACACCAACCUCCUUCAAUCUCAUCAUCGAUAUCCUCGGCCGUGUUCGUCAAUUCGACGUUGUUAGACAACUCAUCGUCGAAAUGGAUCAAACUUCUCCGGAAACGUUUUUAAUCCUCGUUAAACGGUUAAUCGCCGCCGGGCUUACUCGUCAAGCAGUUCGUGCUUUCGACGAUGCGCCUUGUUUUCUCGAGAAUCGUCGUUUCGGGUUAGUCGAAUUCGGGUUUUUGCUUGAUACGCUUUGUAAAUACGGUUAUACGAAGAUGGCUGUUGGUGUUUUUAAUGAACGGAAGGAAGAGUUUGGGUGUGAUGAGAAGGUUUAUACGAUUUUGAUUGCUGGUUGGUGUAAGCUUCGGAGGAUUGAUAUGGCGGAGAAGUUUUUGGUAGAGAUGAUUGAAUCCGGGAUUGAACCGAAUGUCGUUACGUAUAAUGUUUUGCUUAACGGGAUUUGUCGGACGGCGAGUUUGCAUCCGGAAGAAAGGUUUGAGAGGAAUGUGAGGAAUGCAGAGAAGGUGUUUGAUGAAAUGCGUCAGAGAGGGAUUGAACCUGAUGUUACGAGUUUUUCGAUCGUGCUUCAUAUGUAUAGUCGAGCUCAUAAAGCUGAGUUGACGUUGGAUAAGUUAAAACUGAUGAAGGCUAAAGGGAUUAGCCCGACGAUUGAAACAUAUACUUCGGUUGUUAAAUGUUUGUGUUCUUGUGGGAGAUUGGAGGAAGCGGAAGAGUUGCUUGAAACAAUGGUGGAAACUGGGAUAAGCCCGUCUUCUGCGACUUACAAUUGUUUUUUUACGGAAUACAAAGGAAGGAAUGAUGCUGAUGGAGCGAUGAAUCUAUAUAGGAAGAUGAAGAAUGGAUUGUGUAAACCAAGUACGCAGACGUAUAAUGUUUUGUUAGGAACGUUUAUCAAUUUGGGGAAGAUGGAGACUGUGAAAGAGAUAUGGGAUGAUCUUAAAGCAAGUGAAACUGGUCCGGAUUUGGACUCGUAUACUUCGUUGGUUCAUGGGUUGUGUAGUAAGGAGAAAUGGAAGGAGGCUUGUGGGUACUUUGUGGAGAUGAUAGAGAAAGGUUUCUUGCCACAAAAGCUAACUUUUGAGACAUUGUAUAAAGGAUUAAUACAGUCUAAUAAGAUGAGAACUUGGAGGAGGUUGAAGAAGAAACUCGACGAGGAAUCUAUAACCUUCGGGUCUGAGUUUCAGAGAUAUCCGUUUGAGCCUUACAAGAGAUGAGUUAGUAAAGUUGUUGAUGAAGCAAGCUGGCAAAAAUGUAAGGCAUUAAGUCAAAAGUUUUGUUUUUCAUAAAUUAGUAAGACGUGU